AUGGAAAAUAUCUCUGUAAAUUGUGAUGAAAAAACAGUUAAAGACAUAGAAAAGACAGAUAUAGAUAUGUCUUCUUCAGUCUUUACUGAUAAAAUAGAAAAAAAUGAAGAAACGGAAUGUUUUUCAAAAAACAGUACAUAUCAUGAUGUAUCUACAGAAAAUCAAGAAAAUGCUUCUGUCGAAUCUUUGAAAAGGAACCAAAAAUCUCUAGAUGAUGAAACAACUCUUAAGGAAACAAAAAAAAUUAAAAAAGAUUUGAAAGAUUCAGAAAUAUUUAAGAAAGAAUUACUCAACAACGGUUCAGUCGAAGAUAGCGGUUCUAGUAAAGUAGAUAAAAAUGUUUUAUAUAAAACAGAAGAAACAACGGACCCAAUACAUCAACUAACAUGUUCUAUCUAUGUAGGUAAUUUCACUCGACCUCUUCAGAUACCCCAGCUUAAAUCUUAUUUAUUGGAUGUGAUUAAAGAUAUUGAUGAUUCAAAUGAUGAUAUAUUAAAAAAAAUAUGGAUGGAUAAGUUUAGAACACAUGCAUUUAUUGUAUUUUCUACAAUAAAACAAGCAAAAAGAGUACGAGAAGUUUUACACAACUCUAUUUGGCCAUGUGAAAAAGGAAGGAAACCUUUAUGGGUAGAUUAUAUCCCAGAAAACAAAGUAGAUGAAUGGAUUUAUAUAGAAGAGCAAAGUUCUCGAGAUACUAAAUGGAAAGUUGUUUAUGAUGCUCAAGGAACAGCAGACUUAUUAAAGAUUGAGAAAAAAGUGUCUCAUGAGAAUGCUGUUAUUCCAAAUGAAGAGGCUAAAAAGCAAUUUCAAGAUAAAUUUAAUGAGUAUGAUGAAAAAAAACAAAAUAUUGAAAAAUAUAAUUUAAAUAAGCUUUUUUUAAAAACACAAACGACUCCAUCCUUGUAUUACAAGACUACUGGUCACAAUAUUGUAGUUGAUAAGUUUAAAAUACAAAAUAAUCUUGAACACAAGAUUAAUAUGUAA